AUGGCUUUAGACGAAAUCGCUGCCGUCGAAGAAGCAAACCAUUCCAACUCUGCAAACGAGAAAAAAACCACUCUUGCUGCGAGCAACUCGAACUGGUCCUCCAGGAGGAAUACCUACGUCUCGGAAGCUAUCGAGGAUGAGGUCUUUGGCCACGUUGGCGAAGGCGAACAAGGCCCCAACUACCGCGCUCUUUCGUGGAUAGGUACCAUCGUCCUCAUGACGAAAACCCAAGUCGGUCUCGGUGUCCUCACUAUUCCCAAAACGUUCCAUACCCUCGGACUCCUCCCCGGCAUCUUUAGCCUCGUAGCCAUCGCUGGCAUGACAUCUUGGUCAGGUUACAUUGUUGGUACUUUCAAACUCCGCCACCGAGAAGUGUAUGCCAUAGAUGAUGCUGGAAAAGUGAUGUUUGGCAGAGUUGGCCGCGAAAUCUUUGCUGCCAUCUUAAUGCUGAACUGGGUCUUCAUCUCUGCAUCAGCCAUGCUGGGUGUCUCGGUUGCGCUCAAUGCUAUAUCAGACCACGCCCUUUGCACCUGGGCUUUUGUCAUUGUCGCCGCUAUCAGCACGGGUCUCCUAUCCAGUAUCCGAACCCUGGGCAGAAUAGGAUGGAUUGCAUGGGUUGGUGUUGCCGGCAUAAUGAUCGCCAUCUUCUCUGUUACCAUCGCUGUUGGAGUCGAAAGGAGGAAAGAUCCAGCGGUUACUCAAGGAGACUCGGCGACAUUCAGGCUUAUCAACAACCCUCCAUUUGCCGAUGCCAUGGCAGCAGUCUCUAGCCACAUCUUCGCCUACGCCGGCGUGCCCGCCUACUUUCCCAUCAUCGCCGAGAUGCGAGAGCCGGAGCAUUACACAUCAGCGCUUAUCUGGUCGCAGAGCAUUAUGACUGCUGUCUACGUUGUGAUUGGGUUUGUUAUGUACUGCUUCGUCGGCUCCGAGGUUGCAUCUCCUGCUCUGGGUUCCGCAGGGAAAAUCAUGAAGAAGGUGGGCUUCGGAUUUGCUCUGCCGGGCCUUUUAGUCAGUGCCAUGAUUGUCACUCAUUUAUCAGCAAAAUACAUCUUCCUUCGUGUCCUCCGCAACUCUGAUCACCUCCACCGCAACAAUCUCAUUCACUGGGGUACCUGGCUUGGCUGCAUUGGCGGCAUAACUAUUCUCGCCUACAUCAUAGCCAGCGCUAUUCCCGUGUUUGAUCCUCUUGUGUCAUUGAUUGGUGCAUCUUUCGGUGUCUUCCUUUGCUUCCAGCCCUUCGGAUUUAUGUGGCUAUACGACAACCGGAGAUACAGGAGCCGCAGCCUCAGGUGGAGAGGAAAGAUGGCCUGGAGCGUAUUCAUCAUCAUUAUUGGCACCUUCCUCAUGAUUGGUGGUAUAUUUGGCUCUAUUGACGGCCUCAUUUCUGCCACUACGAAUGGAGAUGGUGGCCCUUGGAGUUGUGCCGAUAAUUCUGACCCUCCUAACUCAACGAACACUCCCUAA